CGCAGAACCGAGCGUCAUUUUUCAAGAGAUUGCCGUGCAAUGGCAUGGCGUGGCUUCUGCUUCCAGCGUCGGCGUUUGCGAAUCUGCUCCCGGGCAACAGCGUGGGCUGCUGGGGUGGAGACUUCACCUACGAGAGGUGCUGCCUGCAGGAUGACGGCAGCUGUUGGGAGGGCCUCAGCAAGGACAUGUGCUGCUCGGGCUUCGUGGAACUCGCGCUCCAGAGCCAAGAGGGCGGAGGCGGAGCCUACUGGCAAUACUCGUCCCUCGCGGACGAGGUGGAUGCGAGGGAGACACAGCCGGAUCUGCGGCUAUGUAUGGAGCGCCGCUAUACAUCCCCCUGGAACGAAGAGACAAACUACCUCUGCCACAACAACUUUGUGCAGGCGGCGGCGUGCUUGGCUCGACUCCCCGGGGUCAAGGUGAUCUUGGAUGUCUUCCUUGGCGGCGCCUGCACGGCCUCAGCCAUGGCCUAUGCUUCUCUGGACGCCGGCCGGCGCGGCGCGGAGAUCUUGUCCUUCGAGCUGCCGGAGAAGUUGUCGGAAUCCACCGGCGCCGGCAGCCGCCUCGCGGAAGGCGAGGGUACUUGGUGGGAGAUCCUCCAAGUGAACCACACUGAGAGCUUGGAUGAGCUGCAGCACAUUCUGGUGGAGCCAAGGCCGGCGGUUUUGCCGCGGCUGCUGCUGAUGCCGAGUUUGCCUGCGGUGGAUAGCUCCUGGAACUCCUUGGAUGUGCUUUGCCAGCAUCGGAGGCCGGUGGACCUUGUCCUGGUGGACACCAGCCCCCUGGUGAUGAUCGAGAAGGAGUGGAUGAUCAUCGAGGCGGUGUGCAAGCCCCGGCGAGCGCUGUUGGCCAACCUCAACCUGCCCAGCGCCUCCGCCUGGAUCUGGCAACGCCUGGUGCGCCUGGGCUGGCGCCAGACCCUGGCGGGGCACUACGUCUUGGGGGACUCCCCAUGGCCGCACCACUCGGAGUUGCGGCGCGUGCGCGCCUGGGCGCUGUUGGAAGCCCCAAGCUGACUUUCGUCUCCUGGCAGGAGACAGAAGAGGAUGCGCGAGCCCGC